AUGUCCGUCGCGUAUACCCCCUCGACUACGAAGUCGCCCCCCUCAACCAGUCCAGGACCGCAAAACAACUCUGCGAACCAGAGAGGUCCCCCGAACGCUGCUCAAAUCCAGAGGAUGCUCGACGAGAAUGCUCAGCUCAUCCAAGCGAUCGCUGACAGUCAAGCCAAGGGUAAAACCCAGGAGUGCAUGCAUCAUCAGAGCAUCUUGCACAAGAACCUUGUGUACUUGGCACAGCUCGCGGAGGUGGCUCCACAACAAGUCAUACAGUCCAUGCUACCGCCUCCCGGCUUGACGCCGUCCGACAUGCCGAAUGCUGGAUCGCCAGGAUACCCGCCCGGGUUUAUGCCGGGAGGCUAUACUCAUAAUGGGCCUCAGAGACCCCCGUACGGUAUGGCUGGAGGACCAGGACCUGAAGGACCGCAACCCGGACAACCCUAUCCGAGACCCGGAUUUCCUCCUGCCGGAUUCCAAGCUGGAUACCCCGGAAUGCAAUCAGGCACACCUUACCAGGGUCACUACCAGGGCCAACCCGGUCAACCCGGUGGGCAGUAUCCCCCGAUGAGUGCUAUUCAGAACGGGCCGCCACCUCAUUUUGCUCAACAGAACUCCGCGCAGCCAUCACAGGGUCCUGCCGGUUCUCAAGCUCCUCCUGGUCCUCCCACGGGACCAGCAGGAGCACCCCAGCAGAUGAAGAAUGGUCCCUUACAUCCUUCCGGUCCCGCGAGAUCUCCUGGCACGGGACCAGCACUGCAGCCAGCUGCGAAUUCCCCUGCACCGUCCGCACCCCCACCAGCGGCAGCGAAUCCUCAACCGGCAUCGAGUCCUCCCAAUCCGGGCCUGGGGAACUCAGGGCCCCAACAGCCGUCCAUGCAGCAACAUCCGCAGCUACCGCCACCUCCGCAGCAGCCAACACAUCUCCCUCAACAGAUUCAACAGCAGCAGCAGCAGCAACAACAACACCCGCCUCCGCCUCCUCAACAACAACAACAACUCUCGCUACCGCCACAGCAACAACAGCUCCCCCAACCACCACAGAAACAACAACAGCUCCCACAGCCCUCUCAACAGCAGCUACAGCAGCAACAGCAUCAGCAACAACAGCAGCAGCCCCCUCAGGUUGUUCAACAACAUCAGCCUCCCCAGCUCUCGCAGCCGCCCCAACAGCAGCCGCAGCAACAGCCCCCACCUCAACAACAGCAACAGCAGCAACCUCCUCAGCAACAACCGCCGCCACAAUCGACUCCUGUCGCACCCCAGGCGCCGCCGGUUUCAUCUCCCGCGCCGACACCUCCAGCAGCAUCGGGACCGAGUCCUGGCCCACCAGGACCGCCCAGCCAGUACGCAGGACCCCCCGGCCACAUGGGACCGUAUCCCGGCCCUCCAGGACAAGCCUAUCCACCAGGGGCAUUCCCGCCUGGACAAGGCCCUCCGCCUGGUCAACAAUAUCCGCCUAGUGGGCCCCCGGGACCCUAUAGCGGACCUCAGCAGUAUCCACCGGGCGGCUUCCCGCCGGGCCAAGGUCCUCCAGGUCAAUAUCCAGGUCCGGGUCACCCAGCGUAUCCGGGUCCACCGGGUCCACCGGGUCCUCCGGGUCAACAGUAUCCCAGCGGGUUCCCGCCCGGCGCAUUCCCCCCGGGACAGGCUCCUCCCGGGCCACCGGGACCUCCCGGGCCCCCAGGACCGAGCGGACCUAUCGGCCCUCCUGGACCAUCAGCGCAGCAGUAUCCGCCGGGCGCUGGACCUCCUGGUCAGUACCAACAUUAUCCCGCUCAAUACCCGCCACCCGCCGGACACCCGUAUCCCCCACAUGGGCAGUACGGUGGAGGCCAGUAUCCUCCUCCUCCUCAAGGAUACCCUCAGCAGUAUCCUCCUCCCCCUCCUCCUCAAAGUUACCCUCCGCAAGGUUAUCAAGGUGGCUACGGGAGGUAA